AUGGUCGAAGUCUUUUCCUCGUCGUACGCCAAUCAUGGCGUCUCUACUAUACCCGAGGACUCGCCCAUCAACGACGUCUCACGCGUUGCCGCUGCCACCGUCGCCGCCCGCAUCCUCAUGGGCGCCAGCGUCGCUUCUCGGCCCGAGAAUAAGACCAUGACACGCGAGGAGCACACGGCCAUGAUGCACGAGCUCAACAAGAAGCGUGCCGGCUGGCGGACGCCCCGCCGCGGCUGGUCCUCCACCGACUCUCCGGUCACCGAGUCGAGCGUGCCCACACCGCCCGAAACAACGUCUUCCCACACUGGCGACAUGUCACAUCGAGCUCUUCCCGACCGAUCUCUGGCAGCCCAACAUGCCGCUGCCAGGAAGCCCGCCGAACACACCACGUCCGCCGAGCAAGCCCAGCGGCCCCGCCCUCCCCUGCCGCCUCCUCGCCGCUCCUACUCCGUUAUGGACUACGAGCCGCCUUCGCAGACUCAUCGCCUUUCGAGCCGGAUGCUCAUCACCGAUCUGCCUCCCGAACUCCACUACGCCGUCUUUGACUUUCUCGACCCCCUUGACAGCACCUGCCUCGGCCUCGUCAACAAGCAGUUCUACGACAUCCACCGCCGCAUGCACGGCACCGUCCCCCUGUCCACGCGCCGCGAAGGGCCGAACGACCUGGAAUGGGCAUGGCGUGGCGCCGGCCCCCUCGUCCACCCCUCCUCCGCACCCCGCAUGCCCAAGAUUGACGAGCGGGCCGAGUCGUCGUCGUCGUCCCCGACGCCCGCCCCCGCCCCCGUCCAGCGCCAGCCGCACCCCGAGCCGUCCUCGGCCGCCGAGCGCCAGGCGCAGAUUCAGGCCCUCGAGCGCCUCCGCGUCAAGGGCCAGGUCUACUGCCGAAAGUGCGGCAUCUCGCGUUGCGAGCUGCACCGCCACCUGCGCGACUGGAUGGCCUCGGCCGGCCACGGCUACGAGUACUGCUCCGUCAGCGCCAAGUACGGCCCGCCCGCCGCCGACGACGCCAAGGAGUUCUGCCAUCUCCGCAGCCCCAAGAAGCCGCACCGCUGCGGCCGGCAUACGAGCCGCGGCGGCAGGACGCCACCCGAGCAGAGGUCGUGA